AUGAAGAGAGAAAGGGAAGCCCCGUCCAGAGCCUUCAGUGCGCUGCGCCUCGCUCCUUUUGUCUACCUGCUUCUGAUCCAGACAGAGCCCCUGGAAGGCGUGAACAUCACCAGCCCGGUGCGCCUGAUCCAUGGCACGGUGGGGAAGGCUGCCCUGCUCUCCGUGCAGUAUAGCAGCACCAGCAGUGACAAGCCCGUGGUCAAGUGGCAGCUGAAACGGGACAAGCCGGUGACCGUGGUUCAGUCCAUCGGCACAGAGGUCAUUGGCACCCUGCGACCUGACUAUCGAGACCGCAUCCGCCUCUUUGAAAACGGCUCCUUGCUUCUCAGUGACCUGCAACUGGCUGACGAGGGCACCUACGAGGUCGAGAUCUCCAUCACCGAUGACACUUUCACCGGGGAGAAGACCAUCAACCUCACUGUAGAUGUGCCCAUUUCAAGGCCACAGGUGUUAGUAGCAUCAACCACGGUGCUGGAGCUCAGCGAGGCCUUCACCCUGAACUGCUCGCACGAGAACGGCACCAAACCCAGCUACACCUGGCUGAAGGACGGCAAGCCCCUCCUCAAUGACUCUCGGAUGCUCCUGUCUCCAGACCAAAAGGUGCUCACCAUCACGCGCGUGCUCAUGGAGGAUGAUGACCUGUAUAGCUGUGUGGUGGAAAACCCCAUCAGCCAGGGCCGCAGCCCGCCCGUCAAGAUCACCGUGUACCGAAGAAGCUCCCUCUACAUCAUCUUGUCCACAGGAGGCAUCUUCCUCCUUGUGACCUUGGUGACUGUCUGCGCCUGCUGGAAACCCUCCAAAAAGUCUGGGAAGAAGAGGAAGCUGGAGAAGCAAAACUCCAUGGAGUAUAUGGAUCAGAGUGAUGACCGCCUGAAACCUGAAGCAGACACCCUCCCACGAAGUGGAGAACAGGAACGGAAGAACCCCGUGGCACUCUAUGUCCUGAAAGACAAGGACUCCCCGGAGCCUGAGGAGAACCCCGCCCCGGAGCCUCGGAGCGCGGCGGAGCCCGGCCCGCCGGGCUACUCCGUGUCCCCGGCCGUGCCGGGCCGGUCUCCCGGGCUACCCAUCCGCUCCGCCCGCCGCUACCCGCGCUCCCCAGCGCGCUCCCCCGCCACCGGCCGGACGCACUCGUCGCCGCCCCGGGCCCCCGGCUCGCCUGGCCGCUCGCGCAGCGCCUCUCGCACACUGCGGACUGCGGGCGUGCACCUGAUCCGCGAGCAAGACGAGGCCGGGCCGGUGGAGAUCAGCGCUUGA